AUGGUUCUGGAGAACUUCCAGAAAUUUCAUGACAACGGAACCACCACAGUUACACAGUCCAAGGUCGCAAGGCCCACUGUGGUGCGAAAGAAAUUUGCGAAACCACCAGUCAAAGUAGCAUGUCUAGCCUGGUACGUUAUUCCUUUGCUUUAUGAUUCUGCCCAUUACCCCGGAGGCCAACGCCCGGUUUUUGGGAUCUGGACUACGAUCAUGCACCUCGUGCUUCAAGGACACGCUGUGAUGGACAAGUUCCUUGUUCCAAUUAAACGAGGCGGUCCAAGGAAGAAGAAAAGGGCAUCCAUCUCCCCAGAAGGAACUGUUCCGCAGGAUGAUGCUCACAGCUCAACCAUUCACCCGGCGGCACCCGGACUCGAUGAAUCGACGGGCAUGUUUGGCCAGAUCGAUGGGCUGUCGGUACCAGGAGCCGGGCUGAGAAGCUUGGAUUUCCCGUCGGACGUUCAAUCAAUGUUCGCUGACCUCUUUAUCCCCCAUGAUGCUGGUCAUCCACCUGUACAAAUGGAGCCAACGCCGUCGCCGUCCAACAUAUCAACUCAGGCAUUGGUAAGGACGUACGGCUCUGAACACGACAUACUCAACGCCUACUAUGACUUUAUUCAUCAUUAUUUCCCUAUUCUUCCGCCCAGGGCAGCUCCGGCCUCUCCAGACAGACCAUUGGAUGCGGUUGGGUCAUAUUCCGAAUCUCCGACAGAAGAACCUCUUCUAUUGUAUAGACCACGGUCCCCUCUUAGCCUUGCUUUGUCUGCAGUCUUGGCCCUCAUACCCCAUCCAAGUGACUUGGAGCCUUCGUCUCCUGCCUCUGUUAUCCGACGUAGGACGUAUGCACAUAUGUUCUCCCAAUUGGCCAAUUCCAGCAUCGAAACAGAUUGUGAGCUCCAUGCCUCUUCUACCGAUCCUUCACAGGCGCUGUCAAGUGAACGCCCUCUCAUCAAUAGAGAGAGCUUCCAUCCCCAUGCACCCGUGGAACUCGAAUCUAUUCUUGCGCUCUUGGUUCUCUCCGUGUACGAAUACACUCAGCGGGGAAAUCUGCUUAAGAUGCGAUACCGUGCGGGUCAGGCAUUGGCGAUCGCGCUAGACAUGUCUCUGCAUUCUUUGGGAGAAGAGUAUGAUGAAUUCGCGGAAGGUCGAAGAAGAGCUUGGUGGAUGACGUAUUACUGCGUUCUUCAAGGGUCGAUUGUCAGCACAACACCACUUGCCAUUGUUGCGAACGACCCUCAGUUUGUAACACCUUACCCGCGCUUUGCCGCCGAUCCAGAUGGUUGGGCUGUUCUGAUGCAAGCUCAGCAAGUGCUAGUUUCAGCAACUCAAUUCGUAAUUGACCUGAACAAAUGUAUAUCAACAAGGACAAAUAUGCCUUACAUCUACGAGCGAAUGCAGCAACUCGACACAUGGGCGAGCUCAGCAUUGGCGCAGUCGAACCUGCUUCCUAUUGUUCCCCCUUCCAUGAAUUGUGGCGAUGGUAUGGAAUUCACAACGGCUCAAAGUAUACGUUCAAUUUCCAGAAUCAAGUUGUCCAGCGCACAAAUCAAAACUCACCGCUUUAGAGCAUUUUCAGACAUCCCUAUCUUCAUUAAAAAACAUUGUGACCUAACUGCGGCCAAUGCCAACAACCUAACAACAUGCAAUUCUACCAAGGAUUCCAGAGUGCAAAAUGGGAUUAGCGACAUUCGAUGCUCGUGCGGAGGUUUGGAACCAUUUCAGCAGUCGUCGAGCGAGUACACCCCUUCCACCGCUUCAUCCACAUCCUCAGACUAUCAGUCGAUCUCCCAGUACUCGUUUACCAGUGGAUUCCCCUUCAGCAUCCAACACUCCGCCAAAGUUUGCCUUAGGGCUUCUCUGCUGAUCUCACGCAUGUUCCCAAGUCUACCCAUACCGCAACCGAUUAUGGACGAGCCAAAGAGCCCGCAGGGGCUGACGUUACAACCGCCGAACCAGCUUCCUCGAACUAUGCCAUCAUUUGCCUGCUGUUUGAUGCAAGGCAGCUACGCUAUGCUAAUGAUAUUCUACAAAGCACGUGUAGAAAAGCAGCUGUCACCAGACUAUGGAAACAAGACUACUCCCUCAGAUCGAUUGAUCGAAGAACUCAGGCAAGGACUGGAGCGAAUCAUUGCUACCGUAACCAAUUAUGCAGCUGCUUUUGAGGCGUUAGACGGCAUGAGAGAUGAAAUCGAAGGUGCAUAUCAAACGGCGUUCCCUCAACCAUAA